UUGCCAGGUGGUAAGACAUGUUUUGUGGACCUGUGUGUGUUGCUGUCUUGUGAUUUUGUUUCUUUAAUCUCACCACAUAAACAGUGUUUUUAGUGCCAGUAAGAAUAGCCUCCAGGGGAAUGAAUAACCCAAUCUACAGUAUCACAUUUAACUCUGUGUUUUUCCAGCAUGUCUCCUAGUGCCUGAAGCUAUAUGUGUACUUUAUGGGAAAAUAAAGUAACAGUUUUACUUCUGGAAGAGGAGCCAUGAAAAUGUUCAAUUUUAAAACAAUCAUAACCCCUCCACAGCCCUCCCAUUUAAAGCUAAAGUACAGUAUGUCUCUGCUAGUUCUCAUCUCCUUUCAUUAUUCUAUUCAAAUGGUUAGGAAAAGCAGGGGAACUGUGUUGCCAAGGAAACACUCGCCUCUGCAGCAAAAAAUACAUUCCUCAGUAAUGGCGUAGGGAAUAUCUCAUUUUUAUUGUUCUGGUGGCUCUAGGCUCGGCUAAAGAGUAUUUGAAAUUAUUAUUUUUACCUGUGAACCUCUAACUAUUUGUGGUGUCACGGGGUGGGAGAGAAUAUUUUUAUUUUCUUGGACAGAGGUGGAUUUACAGAUUUGGCGUUUAGAGAGGUUCGAAAGCAACGGGAAGCCAACCGGCCAAAGCCCAAAAUGGGGACUUCAGCAGCGGUCAAGCUGCCAUCCAAUCGCAGUGCGUCUGGCGCCAGACGCAGGAGAACACGCUGCCGAAAGUGUGAGGCGUGCCUCCGAACCGAGUGUGGAGAAUGUCACUUCUGUAAAGACAUGAAGAAGUUUGGAGGACCAGGGCGCAUGAAGCAAUCCUGUAUCAUGAGGCAGUGCAUUGCACCCGUCCUGCCCCACACAGCUGUGUGUGUGGUGUGCGGAGAAGCAGGGAAGGAGGACACAUUGGAGGAGGACAAGUUCAAUGUCAUGCUCAUGGAGUGCUCCAUCUGCAAUGAGAUUGUCCACCCCAACUGCUUAAAGGUAAAAGAUGCCUCUGGCGUGGUGAACGAUGAACUUCCUAACUGUUGGGAAUGUCCCAAAUGCAACUAUGCUGGGAAAACCGGAAAAGUCUGCAAGCAAAAAAGGGGACCAGGAUUCAAGUAUGCGUCUAACCUCCCUGGCUCCCUGCUGAAGGAGCAGAAGACAGUCAAGGAGGAGGGCGAGUCCACAUCCACCUCUACGUCUACAGCCAAGAGGAAGCCUGAAGGGGAUGAGACCCCCAGACACAGACCUGAGGAACGGGAGCCCCUCCACAGACACCCCCCUGUCCUGACCCCCAGCACCCUGCCUCGGCCCAGACCUGAGGACAAACUGAGGAAGAAGAGGAAGCUCUUCGACGAUGAUGAGGAAGAGGACUUCAGUGUGAGGAAGAAGGGAAAGUCAGAUGAAACUCUGUUCCCCAAACUCCUUCAUCAGAUCAAGACUGAGGAGGAGGAAGUGGAUGAGAAGGAGAAGGACUCUCUGUUCUGGCGAGGCCUGGAGAGGAGAGUGCGUUUAGGAGAUACCGAGGACGAGGCAGAGGACAGGGAUGACGAGGACACAAAGACAAACCUGCCAAGGCCUCCUCUCAAAACUCCUGUUCUAGACAGUGACCAGUCUCACUGCAGCUCUCCACAGGCUGGCCCCAGCAGCGAGGGGGGCAGUGAACCCCAGGAGAAGGGCCCACGCCCCAAAGCACGCCGCAAACGCCGUUUACCCAACAAGGAGCUGAGCAAAGAGCUGAGCAAAGCACUGAACCAGGAGAUCCAGAAGACUGAGAACUGCCUAGCCAAUGAGAACCGCCAGCCCCUCAAGGUGGAGCCAGAGAGUGAGAAUGAGGAGCCCAAGAGGGGCUUCCGCAUCGGCAGUGACCUGGGAGGGGAGCGCCCCCACCUCCGGACCAAGGAAAUGAACGGCACCCCCUGGGAGCUGCGCCACUUCUACCCCAGCCAGAUCACCCCUCUGGGCUUCAACAGGAGCUCCCCUGGUACCCGGCCCCUGCCCCCACGCUCCCCACCCAAGUGUGUCCAAAUGGAGCGUCACGUCAUCCGGCCACCCCCCAUCAGCCCCCCGCCGGACAGACUGCCCCUGGUGGAUGGGAAGACCCAUGCGGUGCAGAGAGAGAUCUGGAUGAAGAUCUUUGGACACUUCACACACAAGGAGCUGUGUGUCUGCAUGUGUGUCUGCAAGACAUGGAAUAGAUGGUGCUGUGAUAAAAGACUGUGGACCAACAUUGAUCUGAACCGCUGUAAAUCUAUCACUCCCCUCAUGCUGAGUGGCAUCAUCCGCAGACAGCCCCUCUCACUGGACCUCAGCUGGACCAACAUCUCCAAGAAGCAGCUGGGCUGGCUAAUUAACCGCUUACCAGGUCUGCGGGUGUUGCUGCUCUCAGGGUGCUCGUGGGUGGCUGUAUCUGCCCUCUGCACCUCUAGCUGCCCUCUGCUGCGCACCCUGGACGUGCAGUGGGUGGAGGGGCUCAAAGAUGCCCAGAUGAGGGACCUGCUCUCGCCACCGACCGACAACAGACCAGGUCAGUUGGACAACCGCUGUAAGCUGAGGAACGUUUUGGACUUGUGUCUGGCCGGACUGGACAUCACAGACACCUCUCUGCGUCUGAUUAUCAGACAUAUGCCGUUACUUUCCCGACUGGACCUGAGCUAUUGCAACCACAUCAACGACCAGUCGGUCAACCUGCUGACGGCCGCAGGGACAACAACCAGAGAUUCCCUCACAGAGAUCAACCUGUCAGUUUGUAAUAGGGUGACAGACCAUUCCCUUACCUUCUUCAAGCGCUGUGGAACCAUCUGUCACAUUGACCUGCGCUAUUGCAAACAGGUGACCAAGACUGCCUGUGAACAGUUCAUAGCAGAGAUGUCUGUGAGUGUACAGUUUGGACUCAAAGAGGACAAAUUACUGCAGAAACUCAGCUAGACACUGACAUUAAGGCCAAAAUGUACACAGCAAAAAAGAACUACCCUUUUUACUAAAUGGAGCAAGACAAGGUUUCCCCCAUCAAGCCUGCACUGGUUGGUUUUGUAUAUUUAUUUCCUCUUCAUUGGAGAAUCUACUGUAUUAGAUUUGUGAACGAACAAUGUCACAUUUUUGCAUCAAUGUCAUUCUGGACGUUAAAGGGGAAGAUGUACUGGACAGAAGGAGAUGGGGAGGGAAAACAAAACAUGCAUGUGUUUAUUUUUGUGUUAAGAUUAUACCCUUUUCAAAGGCUUGUGUUUGUUGCAUUGAAUUUGUUGGGGAAUUUGUUUUCUAUUACUUAGAAAUGUUAAAUGUUUAAAACAUUAGAUUUUUUUUUUUUAUACAAUAAUAAUUCACGCAUUGGGCUAACAAUUUAGGUUAUAGUGAAACUCUAUGUAUGCAGUACCAUACACACCCCAGAUUUCAACUUAUGAACAGUUUCCAGAUAAUUCUUAGAACUGAAUAUUGACCUACAGUACUUUAAAUCAGUUUGCCUUGACACCGAUGGUAAUAUAUAUUUUUGGAUGCUGUGUUUUACCUGAUAUCAUGUGCCAAAUUCUGAAGGUGACAUUACAAGUUAAUGGUAGUUACUGACUUGGACUGGAUUUACUUUAAUACUUUACUUAAAACAUGAACAUAAGACAAUUAGAAAAUACAUGUUUUAAAUGUUUAAAUAAGAUUUAAAUAAAUGUUGCAAAGAUGGUUAGGUUAAUGAAUAUAUCUUGAAAUUAAUCAGUCAAUAAAUAUUGACAUAAGGAA